ACCACAGCGCCCUCUAGAGUUCAAUAGCUGACUCCGUUUCAUAUUACUACUAACGCUAGUGCUGUUUCUGAGACAAGGAGCAACAAAAACAUGUAUGAGUACGGCAGACCGAACCGUUAACCAGCAACAGCCACCUGCUGUCACCUCAUUAAGUCGUCGAUUCGACCGACUGCUAUAUGAUCCCCGUCGUGUUACCGGCCGACAACCCAGAAAGAUGCCGCAGAAAGCACUGGGAUCCAUUGUAGGUCUUCUUUGUACCGGGACCUGUCUGGUGCAGGGGAAGGAGUUCUGUUUUGGGGUAAACAAUGAACAGUACCGCUGUGAGAUGGGGUACUGCUGUGGAGAGACAGAAUGCUGCACCUACUACUACGAGCUCUGGUGGUUCUGGUUGGUAUGGACCCUUAUCAUCAUGCUUAGCUGCUGCUGUGCCUACCGACACCGGAGGGUUAAGAUGCGUCUUCAGCAGGAGCAACGUCAACGUGAGAUCAGCCUCAUGGCCUACCAGGGAGCCUCCAGCUCCUUCAUUUCCCCUCCACCUCUCAAUCUACGGUUCUGGAACGACUGCAAGCUUCCUGACUAUGAAGAGGUGGUAGGUCACCCCCCGACACCACCUCCUCCUUACUCUGAAAACCCUCCUGAGAUCACUCCAGCACUCCCUCCACAAUUGAGCCAGCCAGACGCUGCCACGGUGCCACAACCGCUGGCUGAGGCAGACCCGAGGGUGGACAGUCAGGCCUCAGGCUCAUCAUCAGACCAGGAAGCAGUGUUGAUGCCGAUCCAAGCACAGUGUCUGGCAGAGCAGAACGUGGAGGCUCCGUUGAUGGCGGAGGAGGAUGAUGAGGAGCUCGUCACUCGGCGUCGCCAUGUGACCGGCGACUCAGGGAUUGAGGUGUGCGUUUGCCAGCUGGACGUGGACGAGGGCUCGGGGCUUGAGGAGGAAAGCGAUGAGGAGCACCGGAUGUGCAAGGUCACCGGUCGGGACUGCUGCUCCGGCCACCAGCAGCAGACCUUCAGACAAAAGGAGCACACUUCUGAGCUGCCCAGCCAGACCGCCAGCACCAGCACUGGAGACCACAUGGUGUGAUCCACAGCUUAACUAACCAGCCAACCAGUGUGGCUUUCUGCUUCACGCAGGGUGAUGCAAGAUAGCUGUUGCCAUCAUCAUCACCACAGGGACUGUCUGUGUUUUAAUUCUUUGAACUAACACAUAGGCGUGACGUUAAGAUGAUGAUGAUAACCAAUCCUUAAUGGCUCCUGAUUAGGAAAGAUAACACAUUUUGUGGACAAACUCCUGGCUUAUUUUCUUUUGCUUUGCUUUUCCUUAGUGGGGAAACCAGCAAACACAUGUUGAUACUCAAUUUUCUUUCAAUUGGUAUGUUUUUUCUUAGCGUUAAAUGAGAGAACAUCAUUGGGUAGUGAGAAGGCAGCAGUUGAUUGUGACUGAAAUCAUAAUUGACUGUUACCCUUGCCUCCUACCCUCUCCUUGAGCACUGCCGUCAUGUUUCCGUUUCUGUCUCGCCACUCUCCUUGGUUUUCGGCCAUCCUUCCAUCUAACAUUUUACUUCCAGUGGGAUGGUCAGCUAGGAGCAUACCAACAUGGACAACAACAUUUCUCCCCUAUCCUUGCUAUGAUUAAGCAGAGGAGUCAAAAACAAACCUCUUAAAAACUUAGGUUGAUACUGGAUGAAUCGACAAGAGCACACAUUUCGUUUUCCCCAAAGCUGCGUGUGCUUGAGAGUUUGUGCGUAUGCUGUGAAAUCUAGGGCAUAGCUGCAUGGUGAUGUCAGCUCUGAGGUCAUGGCAACCAGCGUCUGGUGUGAAGUCUGUGGGACUUUUCGCAUCUUGAGUGGGAGAGACUACACCCACGAAUAGCAGUUGCAAUAGCAAUAGAGUUGAGUUUGUUUUUUGUCUCUGGGUUUUAAAUGUCAUACACUUCCCACCCCCCCAGCCCUUUUUUUCCCAUUUUUGAUAUCAAUAUUGUGGUAUCCACAGCUCUGUGGUCACCAAUUAGCAUGACUGUAGGUAAGGAGUGAAAAGCUUUGUCAUUUAUUGAUUGUGUGCACGUGAUCUACCAGUUCGGUUUCUGACUGCAUUGAUUUCAUAGUAAUAGCCAAGAGGGUUAUGCCACCAUGGUUAUUAUUUUUUUAAAUCAAUAAAAAAGCCUUGUGGUGGCUCUGCGUUAGCGUGUUUUAUUUACUAUGUUAUGUCAGCGUGAGUAGUGGCAGCAUUUUGCUCAUUCUACACUUAAGUACAUAGUUUGGAUGUUCAUAAUGAAGGAUGUACUUGCUUUUGUUUUUUUUUUUCCUUUCUUAACCAGCUACGCUUCAGUAAAUGCCACAGGUGUCACCAUUAAUUGCAACAAAGCUCCUGACAAGGGCUGCUACAGUGUGUACUAGUGAGUGGAUGUUCUAGUGCAGUAGGGAAGGGCUGAGUCUUGUGUAUUUGUGUGUGUGUGUAUAUCUUUAAAGUGCUGUAGCAUCUGGUUGAAAUACUUACUCAGCACCACUGAGGUGGAUUAACUAUUAAAAGCACUGGUAUUUUGCAUGAGGCAUGAAUUUCUGUGUUUAUAUUUGAGUUCAUUAGCAUUUUCUAGCACUUGUGCUACUUGCUUUGCUCAUCUCUUUGUCGAAAUGAUAGUGGGCUACAGUGACUACACAACUGUAUACCCAGAUAUUGGGGUACAGAAAUGGACUUAUGUUUAAGUUUAGAUGCCCUGGCCUGGAUCUAGUUUCAUUGUGUUGUUAUGACUGUGUGAGCCAUGCUAUGCUGUUAUACAGUGCUGGUAGCUAGUUAGCUUGUGUUGUCUCGGCUCUCUGUGGCCCCUGUAGCUCUUGGCAGUGUGAGGGAUUUGCAGUGGUAUUUUCCAUUGGCAGCAGAGGGCGGAUGCAUUAGAAAGUUGAGUUGGAUGCAGCCUCUGCUCUGCAGUCUAGUCAGUGUUAGCACAGCUGCAGAAUUUGUUGUGAUUAACUGCAUGCUUCUCUGCAUGUUAUUUUGCUUGCCCUAUAUACUGUACAGUAUGCAUUCAAAGCAUAGCAGUCGAACUGGGUGUUGUCAGAUAGGAAAACCACCGCAAAACAAAAUUGUUAUUUUUUUGCUAGAUAAAAGUCUGUGCAGGACAAGCAGUGACUGAUAAGCCAGUAAAUGUUUCAUUGAGAAUUUAGUUUGGAACAAUGUUCAGCAACUUUUUAUUUGUCCGCUCUGAUACGGUGUGUCAAAAUGGGCACAGUGUAAAGACUCAGGUCAGUCAUUCUGCUUCACACAAGCACACACGCUCACAAUAUACUGCUCCUGAUUGGCCUGCAUCAUCAUCAUCAUCAUGUUAACCUCUGCAAUAUUUUGUUCUAGAUAUAAAAAUUAAAGGUAACAAUGUCCUAAAUACAGUAUCUUGGCUGAAUUAGCAGUUUAAACUUCAGGUUAUCAUGUAACAGACUCCAAACAUGUCUUUUGACCUUUUAAAAUAUAGCUAUUAAGCAUACAUUUCAAUCUGGCAAAACAGGGAGUAAAUGCUAAUAUUUCAUGCCUGUUGGAUAUAUUUAUUUUUUUCAGCACUGAUUGAACUCUGUCAUGGUCUCAUUUAAGAAGUUCUUGGCCUCUUAACAAGACAUGACACUGGGUACUACAUAAAUGUGUAUAAUUUUUGGACCCAUGCAGCUCGGUGACCCAUGAAAGUUUUCCUCUUUCCUCCAACUAGCAGCCAAAAUAUGAAGCCAAACUAACAUUACAAUGACCUUUUCAGAGGAGCUGUUGCACUGUGAGCAUGACUGCACACCCAUUAGCAGAAGUCAUAUAAGACAUUUUUUGACAAACACACCACAAGCUGCCUUGCUGCAUCUCUAGAGAGCAAAUGUCUUGAUUAUGGAGCUGCACAAUAAAAUACCGCCUCCGUGUGCAGAAACUGAUGUGCUACUGCCUUAUUAGAGUAGAUGUAGUUAAGUGGUUUUGUACUGGAUUUCUUUUGAAUGGUAAUAUUUGUGUUGUUCCAAGCAUGAUUGCUUCACAGCAAAGGAGUGCUUUCAUAUCAAUAGAAAAUAGCAUCUGAGCUAGUUCCGAGAAAGUGCGCUUGCUUUAUGAGAAGAGGAUGUGGUUUGAAAACAUUUUAAAGCCACAAGAUUUUAACUGUCACAUGUUCUGUAGAGUUUUACUUACAUUGGUUUUGUAUCUGAGGGGUGGUGGUGUUGAAUUUAAAACACUGUGUGUCUAGUUAGUUGUGGCACUGAUGGAAUUUGUCACGACCAGAUUUUGAGUUUGUGCUCAUUCUGUUUUUGUUCCACAGAUCUGGUCACAAUUACUUUGCGACCAAAGUAAUUGCGACUUAACUAAAUGAGGAGAAAAAAAAGGUCAUUUUUGUUUUCUAGGGUUAUGUUGUGAUUUAUCCUAGUUUUGUGUCUGGAGGACAAAAAUGAACUCCAACAAGAGAUUGCUCUGUAAUCUUCUUGCUAAGGUGCAUUUGUAUACAUAUGUAGACAAAGUAAUUCGGGGGAGGGGGGGUUCUUUGAUGCAUGAGUGAACUGGAGGUCCAUAGUUUUCCCAUUGCCAAAAAACUACUAUGCCUCCCUGGUUUUCACAUGUUUAUGGAGAUUAAGGGCUAUAUCAGUCAUCAGUUGUGGACAAACAUCCAUCCAUCCAUUUUAAUGUGUAUUUCGUCUGCUCUGUGUUGUUCAUUUAAAGCCACAGUUGCCGAGAUCCACUAUCUGAACAUGGUCAGACAUCUGCAAUGUGAACAUGGUCAGUGUUUGGAUUUGGAUGUCCUAUUUAACAAUAGCCGAUUGUAUAUGACGAUGAUGUAUAUUUGUUUUAUAGGCUUUAACUUUGCCCUUUUGUUUUGUCAUCCUCAACAGAGGUGCGUGAUGCGACCCCCCCCCCCGUUUGAUUCUUUCUUAUGUAACUAGUUGCAUGUGUGGUUGUGACAUUGGAGUUUUUGCUUCGCUCCGUUGGGUUUUUGUGGACCGUGACUCCAUCCUCCACCAAGCCCUGUCUUGGUAACAGAAACUAGAAACUGUAGCCAACGCUGUAGCUGUUUGUUCCUCUCAGCUGCACCGCUCCGCAUGUGGACCCUUGGAAAUAGGAGGGCACAUCCACCCGUGUCGACAGAAUAAUCAACCAAAGUCGCUGCCAUCUCCAUACUACACAGAUCAUCACUGUUUUCAUUGGGGUGUGUGUGUGGUUGUCAUGGCGAUGGUCUGUUUGGUUUCCCACUCUCAGGGUUAUCUUUAACAAGCAGUGCUAGAGUUUUAAAUUAACACAUUUUUGACCCACCAGUCUCAUAAAGCCAAAGCUGUUGUUUCAUGAUAAUUGUCUCCCCAUUGUUCUCUGAUGUUAUUUCUGCAUCACGCAUCUCUGUAGUGUAUUGAACUUUACUCAACUAGGCUAUGCAAAAACCAUAAACCUACUGUUAUAUGCUGCGAUCCCUUUCUCACUUUCUCUGUCAUUUGUCUGUGGGCACCAGUACAAGCAAUAUUACUCUCAGUACGUGUGGUACUGCGCUGUACUGUAAUCUAGUUGGUCUGUACAUGUAUUUGUUUUAGAAAACUUGGGGAAAAAAUACUUGUAAUGCUACUACAAUGAUGUGGUGAGCGUGUAUGCUUCAGUGUCAGCUGAGGGGCUUGAGUUCUAGUUUAUAUAUUCAUUCGUUCUCUCUUUUUGGCAAUUUUCUGUCUGCCUCCUCAACCACUAACACUUUCUACUCCUGAUUUAUGGAUAAACCACAUUUUUAAGUUGUGUAAGUUGAAAGAAAAAGUUGAAUAUAUUGUUUUUGUUGGAUUAAUUCAUAUUUGAUAUCUUUGGUCUGUUUGCCACUUUUCCAUUUGUCAUUUUUGUUGCACUAAUUUGAUGUAUUGGUUUUCUCAGUUUAAGCAACAGCUUUCUUCUUUUUCACUGACUGAAUAUUUAACUGUUGCCUUUAAUCCUCAGUUAUUACACCAUUAAUUUUGACAUUUUUGUAUAUUAUACAUAUGAAAGACCUCAACAUGGAACACAGUCAGUUUACAUUAGGCUGAUACAGGAAUACUUUGUGGACCCCUCAACACUCUGAACUUGAAACAAUAUUAUCAGUGUGAUUGUUUCUGUCAAACAACUUGUAAACUGUACUUUCUUCUCAACCAUAGAUAAUACCAAACAGAUGGAGGUGCCAUGGUUGAGCUUUGUGGAUAUUUUUUAUUUUGUUUUGCCAAAAUGAGAAACAUUCUAGUUUGAGAAGGAAGCAGGCAUCUAUCUAUAAACACAGACCAGAUCUUUCUACACUUUCCCCCUAAUAACUUUAAACAAGCCAACAUGAGUAAAGUGGAAAAAGAGAAAAAAAGAAUGAAAGCACUGAAUGAUAGAUAAAAAUGCUUUGGUUUUAGUAAGAAGUCUGCUGUGUACUCGUUGGGUCAUCAUUUGUAUUUUAUUUUUUUAAUAAAACAAACAUUGGCACUCAA